AUGUCAACUGAAAAAAAAGUAAGACAUUAUAACUCUUUGUCGGUUCAUCGAAAUACUUACAUAUUACAGAAAAUUGAUCCUUUUAAAUCCUUUAUAGCAGGAGGCACUGCUGGUGCAGUUGAAGGAGUUGUUACCUAUCCUUUUGAAUUUGCUAAAACCAGACUUCAAUUGGUGGAUAAAUCAUCUAGGGCGUCAAGAAACCCAUUGGUGUUGAUCUAUAAUAUAUCGAAAACACAAGGUGUUUCUGCGUUAUACGUUGGAUGCCCUGCAUUUGUCGUUGGUAAUACUGUCAAAGCAUCGGUGCGAUUCUUAGGAUUCGAUUCAAUCAAAGCUCUUUUGGCGGACAAAAAUGGAAAAUUAUCUGGUCCAAGGGGAGUGAUAGCAGGUUUGGGUGCUGGUUUACUUGAAUCAGUAAUCGCAGUCACCCCAUUUGAAGCAAUUAAAACUGCAUUAAUAGACGAUAAGCAAUCGGCAAAACCUAAAUUUCAAAAUGGCUUGAUCUCUGGCAGCGUUAAAUUGUGCAGAGAAUUAGGUUUUAAAGGUAUAUAUGCUGGGAUUGUCCCAGUUUCCUUAAGACAAGCUUCAAAUCAGGCAGUACGUUUAGGAUCAUACAAUGCUUUGAAAACGAUGAUUCAACAAGCGUCUGGUACGAAACCUAACGAGCCCUUAAGUUCAUUGUCUACGUUUGCAGUAGGUUCACUUGCAGGUGUAAUUACUGUUUAUACAACAAUGCCGAUAGACACAGUGAAAACAAGAAUGCAAGCACUUGGUGCUAAUAAAUUAUACACAUCAACUUUGAACUGUUUCGUACGAAUCUAUAAGGAUGAAGGAUUGCUUACCUAUUGGAAGGGGGCUACGCCGAGACUAGGAAGAUUAGUUUUGAGUGGUGGUAUUGUCUUCACCAUCUAUGAAAAGAUUUUAGUCAUCUUAAAUUAA